AUGAAUGGCCCUUUGGGACUUGAUUUGAGUACCUACAGGAACAUUUGGGUUGUGGUAGCAUAUGUAUGUAUGUUGCAUGAGGACAAGCCUUUUUGGAUUGGUGGCCGCGUGGUGCUCGGUGAUGCCACGCCAGGGUUACGGGUUGUGGUCGUUUGUACUUGGACAUUGUUGUUGAACGAUGAUGAUGAUGAUGAUAUUGAGACUGAGAUUGAUAACAAAAUGAUGCAUGUUUCGUUUCGACUUGGUUUGUCGGUGCAGUACAGCAAAGCCAAGUACUGCCCCUCUCGAAGCGACAAGUCCAAGAACCCGCACAUGACACGAGAUGCCGCAUCCACAGAGACAAAGAGAGCUGCGCCCAUCAAGCAAUAUCUCUCCCCCCCCCCAACUUGUCAUCAUGAUCGCGCAGCAAGGCAGUUUAUAGAACCGUAUUCGGAGCUUGUGACUUUCCUUUGCGAAGGCGAAAAUUGCGUGUUCAUCCCCAGCCACACUCUCGUCGUGUCGAAAACGUGCCUCGUCAGCCACAGCUUGACAUGGGGCUCAGACGAAGUGGGGCUUGCCAUGGCUUCCCAAGUUGUUGGGGUUUCAGUACUUGUCCUAAGGUACCCUGGGUACCUUGUCCGCGAGUACCUCGAGAUUGAAGUGAACAACUGCAAGAACCAAAGGAAGACCGAGGGAGUGGUGUGUCAAUGGUGUGAAAAGGACAGGGGUCUAGAUAUCUACAUAGUAGUACUUGUUAAGACGCAGAAGAAGCAAGAAAACGUUCGCAUCGUCAUACUACCAGGCACUCUGGCAAUGCAUGCUUGCCUUACUACUACCACUUGCCCAUCUCAACAUGACUUGCGCAAGAGACAGUUCGGUAAAGGUACUGUCGAAUCGUCCCAUCUCGGAAAGGACCCGGCUAUACCAACAUACCACAUCAGAUACCUAGCCGGCAUAGGAGACAGGGGGGGUGUUAUGUAUAUCGCUGCAAGUGUCAUUCACGAAUAUUACUACUGUAUGCAAACGGAUGAAGAAGGCCAACAGAAGAAAAAGAAGCAGCGAGAAUUGGAGCUUGGGGCAAUCUAUUCUCGGGAGACACAGCAGCAGAGCAAACGCAGGCAAUUCUGCUUCCCGCGGGAACCACCACCUCCCUUCACCUACUUUUUCGACAGGGGGGACCAUGAUGAUGACGAUGACGAUGACGAUGAUGGUGAUGAUGAUGUGUAA